AUGGCUCCCACCAGCCCCCUAAAGCGAGUCACUCGAGCCCGUGCUGCCGCGAAGAGCAGCACUGACGACGCCGCGCCCAAGAAACUCGGCACCGCCAAAGUCACCAAACCUGCAACAUCCAAGACAACCGCUACGAAAGCCACGACACGAAAGACACGAACAGUCAAAGAUGAGGCUGAGGAAGAGAUCAUCGAGCCCGAGCCCGCGAAGAAGACUACCAGAACUACAAAGACUGCGGCGCCGCUGGCUGCUGCACCUAGACGACGAAUCAAGGUUACUCCGCUCGACCCGCCCAUCGCCGAGGAACCUGUCCCAGAACCUGAACCAGAGAAGCCGAAGCGCAAAGCCUCAACACGACCCAAGAAGGCAGUCGAGCCUGAAGCUGCUGUUGAAGAAGAGCCCGAGCCCGCUCCGACGCGCUCCCGAACCACAAAAACUACUACGACGAAGUCCACAGCCACCAAAAAGCCCGCUUCGAAAGCGGUUGAACCAGCAGCUACUGUACCCAAGACGCGUGGCCGCCCUAAGAAGGCGGCUGAGCCAGAAGACACUUCAGCUCCCGAACCUGAGCCGGUCAAGACCACUCGUCAAACUCGUGCUCGCUCAGCGUCAAACGCAUCGCAACAACCUGCUGAGAUCAUCCAAGUCGCACCGAAACCAAAGACUACUACUCGCAAGAAGGUGACUUUUCAGGACGUCAUCGAAGAUGAGAAAGAGAACGAGCCCGUUGCUCCUCGGCGAGCUGGUACCAAGAAGGAAUCGACUGGUCCUGCUACCGGCAUUCGCGCCAAACCAGUCCGCAAACCCGCGGCUAGCACAACCAAGAAGGCGCCAGCGACUAGAACUAGGGCCGCGAAAGCAGUAGAGUCGCGUGCGCUCACGCCUAGGAAGGUUACUCAAGUUCAGCGUGUUGCUACCCCAGAUGGCUCAGAAGAUGAGCUCACUGGGGCUAAGACACCUGUUCGAGACCUCAGCCUCUCACCCAAGCGGAAUCCUAACCUGGCCGCACAGCUGUCUCCUGCGAAGAAGCUCAACUUCACUCAGACACUGAAUGCAACUUCGCUAGAUAAGCCAAGCGAGAGUGCUGGCUUGAUGAGCCCUGCACGUCGACCUACGUCCCCCGCCAAGAAUACUGUGAGCCACAUCAGUCCGGUCAGCCGGUCACCUAUGAAGGACUCUCCUCGACGCGCCGACAUCUUCAAUAGUGCCGCUGAAGAGACGGCUGCUCCUGCUUUGGUCCCGAAUACCAACCAAGGCCUGCUGCAGUCGCCCAAACGUGGUGUUCUAGAUGCUUCAAUCUUCUCACACUCUGCCAUGAAGCCGAAGCGAUCGCCUUUGAAGGAGUCUUUGCUGCAGUCUCCAGCAAGACGUCUCUUUUCUCCUGCGAAGCAGAAGACGCCUCUCGGUGUUCAUCGCGACGACGAAAAUGAUACCUCGAUGCACGAUACCGUUACAGUCGAAGAGGUCGCCGUGUCAUCACAUUUUCGACCCUCCAUGUCACCACAGCGCGCCGGUCGCGUUCAUAGAAUGAGCGACGAAGAGCUCGCCGAUGAGCUUGCAAUGGAUAUGGAUUUUGACCAAUCCGUCCUCAAGUUGACGAGUCCUCGGAAGAGCCCAGCCAAGGCGUUCAAGCCUGUUGCUGACGUGCUAGACAAGGAGCUGAUAAUGCCAACCUUCCAGAAUGAUGUCGAAGAGACUGCUAAAGCAGUUGAAGAGCUCCAGGCGUCUGACGAUGCUACUGAAGUCGAGACUGACGACGAGGAACCUGAGCAGGAGGAGACCGUCGAGCCUGCGCAGAUGAGUAUCAGCGCGACGGAUGACCCUGCGGAGGAGAAGGAUGCGGAGGACACUGUGGUCCAGGCGCCACCUAAGGGUCGUGGAAAGGCUACUAGACUCUCUCAGGUUCUCUUCAGGUCCAACCGAUCUCAAGACGAGGAAGAGGAGUCUGAAGAUGGGCUUGCUGCUGACCAGACGCCGGUUCAGGCUCCCCGACAUUUCCGCUCUAGCUUGACUGGCAACAACGCUCGAUCUCGGCUAUCCAUGGGUGUCCCUCUUAGUGCAAACCGCAACGUUGGCUUCACACCUUUGGCCGCUCAAAUGAGUGGAUGGCUUGCAAACAGUCCGGAGCGGAGCCCCAAUAAGGUGACCAAGAGAACGCCGUCCAGGGGUUUGUUCUCUCCGGUGGCAGCCCAGCACAUCGCGGGUGAGAUUCAGAUCAGUCGCCAAUCAACCCCCCAGCAACAGAAGUCAUCUCCUGGCUUCAGACAAUCGGUCACUUCUCGACCUUCCCUGACUCCUUCCGCACUGGGUAGUCCAGAGAAGUCGAGCUUCUUUGCGGAGCAGAUGUCUAGCAUGGAAGAAGCUGCGUCUGCGGAUGUGACAGCUGUCGACGACAUGGAAGGCAUUGACAUGGCUGCCGACGACUUGACCACCAACAACGUCAUUGCUGCCGAGAACGCCGCUCUUCUUGCUGAGCUGGAGCAUGUUGAAGAGCCGUCUGUCGCUGAAGCUGAUGAGACGGAGGAGGACACCGUCAUCGUCAACAAGACUCCCGAUGAACUCACCACCGAUCUCGUCAAUGAAGUUCAUGCUUCUGAUACGGCCAUGGUUGAGUUCCAGCAGCUCGCCUCAGAGGCUGAGAUCAUGGCCGAGGUGGAGGCUGACGAUGACGCAUCUUCUUCGGAGUACGGAGAUGAGAAUGCUGCGCCCGAGCAGACGCUCAAUCUGAGUGUCAUGGAGCGCGAUGCCACCCCUGAGGAACAGACCCUCGACCUGCAUGUUAUGGAGCAGCGUGCCACACCUCAUGAAGAUCCUACCCUCAAUCUACACGUCCUUGAGCAGAAUGCUGUUGAUGAGGAAGAUGAUAUGAGCACACCAACUGCGCCCUCUGUGAUGGCUGCCGACGAUCGUACCCUGAAUCUUCACGUUCUCGAGGAAGCGGGUUCGACCGAGUCGCUUUCGGCUACUCCGGUCGCCAGAUGUUAUGUUGCGGCUGAUGAGCCUACGCUCAACCUUCACGUUUUGGAGGAGAGUGCUGCCAGUCGGUCGGCCUCAGCGACUCCCUCUGCCAAGUUGACCGGUGCUGUUGACGAGCCUACCCUCAAUCUACACGUCCUGGAGCAGAAUGUUGCAGCUACUCCUGCUGUGCAGCCGCGUGUCGACAUGGAUGAGGCUACGCUCAAUCUACAUGUUCUUGAACAGAAUAUGCCGGAAGCUCCCGGUGCUGUUCGUGGCCACGGCUCUUCAUUCUCGCCCGACGGGUCUCCAGCACCUACAGUGUCACCAACAAGGGCCGUGCCGGUUCCAGAAAGCGAUGAAAUCGAGACUCCUGUUGGACGAAGCUUUGCCGGAGUACAACGCUUCGCUAAUACCGUCGUCUCCAAGGUUCCGCUGAAGCCUGAGUGCAACAUUUCACCGAUCAAGAUGCCCAAGAAGCGAAGCCGGUCUAUGUCCAUGUCUGGGCAGCAGUCUCCUCCAAAGAGACCACAGAUGACUCCGCUGGGCAAGGUUGCUGCUAGAAGCACGUCUUACCCUGUUGGGUCGCCGAGUCGAAGUAUUCGCAGUGCUGUACCCUCUCCUGCCCACACCACUCCUGGCCAGAUGAGCUUUGCUCUGAGCGACUUCGGCGACAGUACGUUGGACGGCAUCGAGCUUCCUGACGACGAGAUGGAUUUCGACAUCGGUCGUCCGGCUGAGACACCUGUCACUGUGAAGUCAACUAGGACAGCCAAGUCUGUUGCUGCUACACCUGCGCGCACUCCGCUCAAGGCAGUGGGUGAUGGCGUAUUGCACGGGGCUGUCAUCUACGUGGAGGUGCACACCAGCGAGGGUGCCGAUGCCAGUGAGGUCUAUAUCGACUUGCUCAGCCAGAUGGGUGCCAAGUGCGUUCGGGACUGGCGAUGGAAUCCUCGUGCUAGCGUACACGGUGGUGACGACCUAGCUGCCGCUUCCAAGAUCGGCGUCACACACGUCGUGUACAAGGACGGCGGCAAGCGGACGCUCGAGAAGGUCCGUGACGCCAAAGGCGAGGUCUGGUGUGUCGGUGUUCGCUGGGUCCUUGACUGCGAGCGUGAAAACAAAUGGCUCGACGAGACGCCCUACCUCGUCGACCACGGCAUCUUGCCCCGCGGCGGCUCCCGGCGCAGGAAAUCCAUGGAGCCCAAGGCCCUCAUGAACGCCAACGGCAGCAUCCGCGCCGGCCGCCGCUCCACGUCUGCAGAAUUCAUGACCUCCCAGAUGCGCGAGGAGCUCGUCAACACGCCCGUGCGCACUUACCAACCGCCCGCUGUGGUUUCCGCCGCCACAGCCCCUCGCGAAGGCAUCGUUGGCGUGGAAGACUCCCUCGUGGCCGACAGCGACAUCAGCUCCACGUACAACUCGCCCACGACGACGAUGAAUAUUCGCCAUGUGGACACGCCGACUGCGCUCGUGGGCUGGGAUCCCGCUACGAGUAAGACGCCUGCGAAAGCCAACGGUGCCGGUGCGGGUGGCAGCAUGAUGACCAUGAUGGACACGCCGUAUCUCAUGAAGCAGGGCGGUAUGGUGUUGGAGCAUGCCAGGGAAGGGGGCGCCAUGAGUGCGCCGCCCAAGCAGAUUAAUAGAGGGUUGUUUGAUGGUGAGGCUGAGUUUGAGGGUGAGAAUGGGAAUCGGAAUGGGGAGGGGGAAGAGGGAAAGGGGAGCAAGAAGGGGGAGAAGAUGAAGUUGAAGUUGAUAGAGGCGAGGAGGAGGACGAUGGGGUGGAAGCCCGUUGUGGGGAGUCCGUUGGGGAAGUUUUAA